AUGGCUAACCGAAUUCAGUUUGCGGAGCCGAUUUCGAAGAAAAAGCAGUAUGGGCCCUCGAGUCGAGGUAGGGAGAAUGCGGAAAAGGGGUCGGCACAGAGAUCUCUUUCACCAGGGAGUGAGAUUGUUUACCCCACGGGAUGGAGACUCGGCCUCACUACCUUUGGCCUCUUGAUUGGGUUCUUUCUUUCCAACUUAGACGUCACGAUUGUUAGCUCGUCCCUUACCGAUAUCACCGAUAGCCUGAAUGGAUUUGAAAAACGAAGUUGGAUUAUCACAGGAUACCUGGCCACCUACACAGGGUUUAUGGCGAUAUGGACCAAAAUCAGCGAUAUAAUUGGGCGAAAGUUAGCGACUAUUGCGUCUCUUCUCAUCCUGCUUGCAUUCUCAAUUGGAUGCGGGUGCGCUCAGACAGUCAAUCAACUCAUCAUAUUUCGUGCACUGCAGGGGAUAGGAGGCGCUGGUGCAUAUGCCCUGGCUAUUCUUUGCAUGUAUGAAAUUGCCCCAAAAACGAAACUUCCGACAUACAGCGGUGUCAUGUCAUUCUGCAUAGCGGUUGCAGCUUUACUCGGACCUAUCAUCGGAGGAGUCCUAGCACAGCACGCAGCCUGGCGAUGGGUAUUUCUCAUAAACGCUCCUUUGUGCGCAAUUGCAAUCCUUAUUAUCAUGGUCGCGAUGCCGAAACACUUCGGUCUUGACCAACACACUCCUUCAUUCCGAACGCGGGCAUCGUAUCGAUCCUUUGCCAACUUAGAUUUUGUGGGUUCAUUUCUGAUGAUCGCUGGCUCAUUCUUGAUCGUGACGGUCUUGAAUGAAGCCAAUCUUGCUUUUUCGUGGGACUCGAGAGCUUCAAUAGCUCUUCUCGUCCUGACGGGCGUCUCUUGGAUUGCCUUCUUUGUAUGGGAGUGGUACCUAUCCAGUGUAUCUGGUGCAGACCCGAUUUUUCCGAUAAGGUGGCUCUGUGACCGCCCAUGGAUGGGCAUUCUACUGUCCUCAUUUGUCACCGGUGCACCGUGGAAUGUCGUUCUGGUUUAUGUUCCACAGCAAGCACAAAUUCUUCUGGGGAAGUCACCUCUCGAAUCCGGUGUCAUUCUGAUUGCAUAUUCCGCCGUUGCGGCUGUUGCAGCCGCUAUCGUCAAUGUCGCUAGCUCCAAGGGGCGCAUUCCAUUCUUUUAUUCCCUACUAGUGGGAUGCAUCAUCCACACCGUCGGUGUUGGGCUUCUAUCUACAAUUACCCGGUCGAGGGGUUUCCAUGCGACGGACAUUGGGUAUGAGAUUAUUGCUGGCGCCGGCAUUGGUAUUACACUAGGUGUAUUGCUUCUAUCAACACCUUAUAUUGUCGAAGACAGAGAUCUCGCAAUUGCCACUGGCACUAUCGUCCAACUUCGCUUCCUUGGCGGUGCCAUUGGCCUCGCCAUUGCAUCCAACAUCCUAAACGGCCGCCUUGCGCAUCAUUUGAAAGGUCUUCUGACAUCACAUGAACUCCAUCUAUUCCUGGAGAACGUGACAACUGUGAAAAGCUUGUCUCCACAUCUGCAGGAUGAGGUAAAGAGUGUUUUUGCUGAGAGUUAUCGUACCCAAUUGAUAGUCAUGAUUGGUUUCGCAGCCGCUCAAUUGCCGGCAGUUCUACUCUUGAUCAAACCUGGAAGACAACUUGCAGCAGACAAGGAGAAGGUAUCCUCGGCUAGCAGCUCGGGAUAA